CUCGCGGCGGAGGCAGACAUGAGGCAGAGCUGAGGGUCCGGAGGAGAGCUGCUGAAAUGAGGCGCUCACACGGAGGAGCUCAGACCGCAGACAGGCACUCACAGGCGGGCACAGAGACGAGGCUCCUCCGGCUCCUCCAGGCUGCUCCCGCCGACUGAAGAGGCUGUCCAUGCGGAGGCUAGCGCUCGCUCUGCUGCCUUGUGCCGUCGCCCUCCUGGUGCACUUGUGGUUGGUCCAACGACGCUCCGCAGACCUGGUGGAGAGCAACACAACCUCGGACGAAGCGUUGCCGUUCUACGAUGUUUUGGUGGGAGUGCUCUCGGCUCGGCACCAUCAUGAGCUGCGACAGGCCAUAAGAGACACAUGGCUGGGCUACCUGCAGAGUCACCCCCGCUUCCAGCACAGGGUGGGGGUGAAGUUUAUUGUGGGCAAACAAGGCUGCCCCAUACCAGAAGAGGACAGAGAAGACCCCUACUCCUGUUCCCUCCUCAACUUCACAGAGCCAGCCACGGGGCAGUCUUCAGAAAUGGAGAUUGUGAAGCUGUCAGACCCCUCUGCUCUGCUCUCAUCGGAUGUUUCAGUCAUCGCCCUGGACUUUAAGGUGCUGCAUCCAGUGGUGAUCACCCGUUUGGGGGUGUUUCCAAGCGGGACCCUCUCUGAGCCUCAGACCAAUGUGACUGUGAAGUUGCUCCAACUUGACCAAGAGGAGGCUGUGGUGACUGCACGAUUCAGCUCGAUCAGCACUGGGGCCCUGGUGAACGGAGUGUGGUACAAACCAGUGGAGCAGUUCAUUUUGCCUAAGGGUUUCGAGGGGACUUUGGUUUGGGAAAGCCUGGACUCCGCUGGAUUAACUUCAGUCAACGCCUCGUCUGUGCAGCUCAAUGAUGGAGGAGGAGUUCUCAAGUUCUCCUCUAUAGCAGAGGGCAUACUGCCUCACAGAAGUGCUCUCGGCUUCCCUGGUUUGGCUGGAGGUUUCACGUUCAAUAUUUACGAUGGUGAGGCUCUAGCGGGGCUGCUGCGAGCUCGUCCGGCCCGGAUGGAGGAGCACGUUCUGAGGCUGAGGCAGGAGGACGUGUCCCUGGAGCAGGAGAGUCUGAGACAUGGAGACAUAGUGUUUGUGGAUGUGGUGGACACUUACAGAAACGUACCCACCAAACUACUGCAAUUCUACAAGUGGUCUGUGGAAAACGCAGACUUUAACCUCCUGCUGAAGACCGAUGAUGACUGUUACAUCGAUGUGGACGCAGUUUUGACAAAGAUUGACCAGAAGGCCCUUAAACGCAGCAACUUCUGGUGGGGCAAUUUCAGGCAGAGCUGGGCAGUGGACCGCAUCGGGAAGUGGCAGGAGCUGGAGUACCCGAGCCCGGCGUAUCCCGCGUUUGCCUGUGGGUCCGGGUACGUGGUCUCCCGGGAUCUUGUUCAAUGGUUGGCCAGUAAUGCAGAGAAACUCAAGGCGUACCAGGGAGAGGAUGUGAGCAUGGGCAUCUGGAUGGCAGCUGUUGGACCCCAGAAAUAUCAGGACGCGGGCUGGCUGUGUGAAAAGGAGUGUUACUUGGACAUGCUAUCCUCGCCUCAGCACUCGGCCCAGGAGCUACACCUGCUCUGGGGCCGGAAACAGGCCUGUGGGGACCCCUGUGGAUGUCCCUGGGGCCCCUGAAGCACCCGACAUUACCGCAAUAUAUUAUGGGUAAAAAGCAGGCAACACUGGUUUGACUGUGGUUUAGUAAUAAAUUAACUAGGGCUCCACAAAAUAACUAUUGUGAUAAUGAAAUAACUUGGAUUCAGAUGUGCUCAGUGUAAAAUUAACAUGCACAAUAAUUAUAGAUAAUCUCUAGAUAUUUUUAUGUAGCUCUACAAAAAGGAUAAUGAUAAUAUAAAUGGCCAAGUUCAGUAAUCUAAUUGAUAUAAGAAUACUGGCACUGUAAUACUUGUAAAUAUAUUUGUGACACACCUUUUAUGGAACUGACAUUAUCGUUUAAAAUUUUUGCUACAAUCUGUGUUAGGUAAGUAGAUUCAUAUUUCAACUCUCCUUUUCCAAGUUUUAUUCUCCACAUCUUGAAAAUAACUGCUUAAUGUGCUUGUGUGUUAAAAUGUGAGGGGAAAAUAAGGCUCUUGAAUAAUUUAGGGGUUAGCCAUGGCUGAACCAGGUCAUAUGUGGGCUAAAUUUAGGUGUAACCCAGGACUCCUCUGAGGCACAAGGCUUACUGUAACUAUUACAUUAGUUUUUUUUUAUGAUUCAACCAUGUAAAUUCAGUAUUGCAUGGGUGAAUAGCAGCAUGAAGUAACUAGGCUCAAACUGUCUCAUAGUAACAAGACCUAUGCCCAUCUGUCAUAUCCCAUUUUUGUUUGUAAAUCAUAUUGAAAUAGUGGUACAUCUGUGUCUAUGUCAGUGGACUCGGUGUAACUUCUCCGGUGAAGGGCACACCACGUGCUCGUCCUUGCUUUGAAUGUUCCACAGUAUUGCAUUACACUUAUGAAUCUCCUCAAAAACGAGCAGAGUCACCUGGUUAGGUUACAAGUCAGAUCUGUGGACAGACAAGCCCGCUCACAGCACGAAUACAUGUUUUUAAAGGUAUUUUUGAGCAAAAAAAAACAACAAAAAACACCCACAAUCAAAUGAAUACUAUAGUGUGGAACAUUCCAGGCAAAGAUAUAGCAUCUCCAUGGAGACAAGCAGGUGAUAGACCCCCACCAGAAAAGAUCAACUUAUGUAGUCCUGGGUUAGACCUGAUUGAGAUCUGGUUUAGUCCUGUUUAGUUCUGAUUCGUUCCUAUUUUGAAGUCUGGGUUAUUUCAGGUUAUGUGUACUUUGAAAUGAGACAUUGUGUAUUGGUGAUUUGUGUGAAAGAAAGUAAUCAGCUUUUGAUACAUUGUGCAGCCCCAGUUAAUUGCAAGCAGUGUUGCUCAUCCUUCGAAUCACGCUUUGUUAAAAAUAUUGUAAAUAGUACUGAUUAUCACUACACAGUUUCUCUUCUUGAAAAAUGAAUUGUUUUGAAUUCACAUUUGUAGCUUUCAACAUGUGUAGCUUGAAAUGCACAUUCAACUGUAAUAUAUGAACCAGCUUUGUGCCAUUGACUUGUAAAUACUGAACAAUCAAAGAGAAAAGUGGGAGAGAAGCUGCUGUGAAACUGCUGUGGACAUUUUAUGCUUUGUUUGAAAACUUAAACUUUGAAGGUAUUUUUGACCCCAUUUUGUACAUAUUGUUCAGCUUUACUUUACCAUGUACAUUUAUGACAAGUUUUCUCACACAGAUGUUUUAAUGGUAGCUUUCAUUGUGGAAGUAGUGCUAUGACCUUAAUGUGUUAUCUUUAAAACGCUUUUUUGCUAAUAUCUGAAAAAUAUAUUUGCAAAGAGAUGUGAUGGAUUUAGGGUCUUUUAGAAAAUCCAAAAUGGUUCAGUUAAUCCCUGAUUUACAAAGGGCAUUUUACUCUUUACAUCUCUACAAUAUUGUGAUUAAAAUACAGACUUAUCUUCAGACCAGCCAGCACUUAAAGGUCCUGUACCUGAUUAUUUCCCCAUGUAUUUGACCAAAAUUUGUUUUGGCCCAGUACAGAUACAUUGUGUAAGGCUCUUAUGGUCAAAACCUGUCUGGUACAUGCUGUCUGCAUCUAAAGAGCUUUAUUGUCUGAUAAUCAGGAAGUGUGUGUUUGUAUGCUAGUUAUUGUUAGCUUUACUGUGAUGGCAAAACCCCUCUCUGGUCUCUGAGAGUUGUGAAAAGUACUUAAAAACUCAUCACAGUGAAUAAUUAUGCUCAGGGGAGUGAGGAAAAACUUUGGACCAUUGUAAACUGUUUGAAAUUAACGAGGUCUGUUUUUCACAUUUUUAAUCAGGUAUACUGCCUUUUUGGACAAUUACUCUUUAAUGAAGUGAAUCAAAAUGUGUUGCAUUUCAGCAUAUUAAAACUACCGUCUGUAAUUAGACUGGCUGACCCGGCCCUGUUGUAUUCCUAAACACCACUAAAUGUACUGCUGUCUGAUUGAGUGCCAGCCGACAGAAGACCAGAGUGCACAGGUGAACCUAAACAAAGGCCAAGUGAGGGGAGGGGGAACAGGUUUCUGCCAUCUACUGGUGAAAGAAAAUCCAAUAAAUUUACAAAUGCCAUCAUUAACCCAGACUGUUAAACCCAGUCUUCUCAAGAUAUCAUGACAUAUCUUUAAACGUAAGCUUAAAGUCAAUUUAGACAUGUUGGUACACUACACUUAACACAAAGAAAUAUUGACCUGUACAAAUAGAAGUUUUCUAUCUAAAUAUUCUGUGUUAAGUGAACAUACACAUUUCGACAGAUCAACUGGAAAUCUAGAUUACUGGUUUUGGCCAACAGAAAUACACAAUGUAUUUGUAUUUCUUAUUUAGGAUCAAAUAAAUGUUUUGAGUUUAGUUAUUGGAAUUCUAUUUUAAUGCAGCACUUCAAAUCCUCUGGUGGUGUUUUGAUGAGAUUAAAAAAAAAAAAAAAAUCUGUUUAUUUUAGGCAAAUUAAUAUUGAAGGCGCAAAGACUGUAUCAAACUGAUUUUAAUUUAAUAAAUCCUGAUAUAUGUGUGUUUCCUUUAUAAACUUUUGAUAAUUUAAUUUCACAGAUAAACUAUUCCUGUAAGAUUAAAAUAAUUUUAAGUUAAGGCUACAUUGCAAUUAUGAAAAUCUAUUCAGACAGUGUUAAAUUGCUUGUAUGUAUGUAUGUAUUUUUUCUUAGAGUUUGUAAAAUCUACUGUUAUUUUAUUUAUUUUUUUUGCCUACAACGCUACACUUGUUUCUAUAUUGUUUUGUAACUACAGUUAAACUUCUAGGGAUAACUGGGGCUCUAUUGUACAUAACUGCUGUGUGUUUCACUGCACAAAAUGUACAAAUCUAUGUAUUUUAUGUCACAAAAUUUUGAAGUGUAACAAAAACUGAAACUAUUCUUCAAAUUAUGACUCUUGGUUUAGACGCACCCACUCAAUUAUUAAUAAAGACCUCUUAAGUGCG